UUCUUAUGCUUUCAUUUAAUGAUUUCGACAUAUGUUUUAACAAUCAAUGAAUUGGAGUUUAAAAAUAACGUCGAUGUAAAGAAAGCGUUUACUCUUGACGACAUCAUAUCAAAUGCUUAUAGCAGCGAUACAUUUAAUGGUACCUGGAUAUCAGAAACGGAAAUUUUUUACCGAGUCGAUGAAUUACUUCUGAAAUUUGAUGUAACAAUACAGAAGAGCGAUAUUGUCAUGAGGAACAGACUAUUUGAAGAGUCGGACAAUCUAGAAUUCUUCCUCUCCUCGGAUAAUAAUUACUUGCUUAUACGUAAUACGUCGCAAAACAUUUACAGACACUCGUCUCUCAGUCAAUACAGCAUUUGCAAUAUAAAAACCGAGUCGAUCGUAGCAGUGGCCGAUGGCCAACUACUCUCAACAGCUAUAUGGGCACCAAAGGGCAGUGCACUCGUCUACGUACUCAACAACGACAUCUAUUAUCACCAGCUAAUCGGAGAGGCUGUGGAAACGCGACGGUUGACGUUCGAUGGCAAGCAUCAAGAGAUAUACAAUGGCGUUCCCGAUUGGGUUUACGAAGAAGAGGUAUUGGCUUCGGAUACUGCCAUGUGGAUUUCUCCUACCGGUGAAUAUCUUGUCUUUGCCACCUUCAAUGAUACUCAAGUUUUGGAAUCUAUAAUUUUAAGAUACGGCAAACCCGGAGACUUGAGCGAUCAAUAUCCAGUGGAAGAAAAGUUUCGAUAUCCAAAGGUUGGAACCCCUAAUCCCGAGGUCACAUUGAACUUAAUUGAUUUGACGGAUCACGGAUCGCCAUUAAUUUCUUUGAAGAUUCCUGUCGAUAUCGUUGGACCGGAGGCAAUACUGUUCGCGGUGAGGUGGUUCGACCCGAAGACGUUCGUGGCGACUUGGACAAAUCGAGUACAGAAUCUUUCACAGAUUGUGAGUUACUCGGUGAACGGAGAUUGGCAGCCUCUAUUUUCCGAAGAGGAACCUAACGGCUGGCUUUUGUCUACCGACGAAGCGCCCAUACAUCACAAUGGAUAUGUGCUAAUACGCCAGCCGAAGCCGAUUGUGAAUACGAACCUCGGCUCGUUUAUCCACGUCAUUCGCUAUCGUCUGCUGAACGGUGUCCUGGAUCACGAGACCGACCUGACGCCCGGAGCCACUUGGGUACACGCGCUACACGGUGUCAACGAUGUGAAACGCGUAGUUUACUACACGGCGAGUCCGGUAGGGAAAUCUUCCGAGAAACAUCUGUAUGCAGUAAGCCUCGAGACACCCGAGGACUCGAUAUCCGAGCCUAAUUGCCUCUCUUGUCAACUCAAGACUCCCGAAGGUAACCAGUGUAGCUAUGUAAGCUCGGUAUUGUUUUCGACGGAUUUCUCGCACUAUGUGCUGACGUGCUCGGGUCCCGAUCCAGCUAUUAUUAAGGUCUACGACCUCGAUGGGACGGAACUGUACACCUGGACCGCUAAUUCAGAACUACGACAUAUGCUAGACAAGCGAAUAUUACCUGAGCAAAGAGAUUUGCAUAUCAACUCACAUGGCUUUGAAGCCAAGGUGAGACUAUUCCUACCCGAAGAUUUCAAUUCAUCCGCACAAUAUCCCAUGCUCGUCAAUGUAUACGCUGGACCCGGUAGUCAAAGGAUCAAUGAUGGCUUUUCCGUUGGAUUCGAAUCGUACAUGACGACAAACAGACACGUGGUAUAUGCAUUGAUAGACGGGCGAGGCAGUGUUUCUAAAGGCACAGCGAUACUGUUCGCGGUUUAUCGUAAUCUUGGGAGUGCCGAGAUAGAGGAUCAAAUAACCGUUACCAGAAAAUUGCAAGAGAAAUAUCCUUGGAUUGAUAAGAAUAGAACGGCUAUUUGGGGUUGGAGCUAUGGUGGAUAUUCUACGGCUAUGGUCUUGACGAAAGACUACGAUAAUGUUUUUAAGUGUGGGAUAUCAGUCGCACCCGUUACCAAUUGGAUUUAUUAUGACUCGAUCUAUACGGAACGAUUCAUGGGUUUACCUACUGUCAAAGACAAUCUGAAAAACUACGAAACCAGCUCAGUCCUGAGUCGCGUGAAGAAAUUGGCCGACAAGAAAUACAUGCUCGUGCACGGUACCGGGGACGACAACGUCCACUUCCAACAGUCGAUGGCUAUGGCUAAGGAGCUUACCGAAGCCGACAUCCUUUUCGACCAGGUUUCCUAUGCCGACGAGCCACACUCGCUCUACCGGGUUACCAAGCACUUGUACCACACGAUGGAUAAUUUUUGGACCGAGUGUUUCGAUUAUUGAGCAACAUGCUCUCGGAAUAUGUGACUGGCUGUGGUUCGUCAAGUGACGUCAGGUUUUAUUGAAAAGACAUUGAUAAUAAUGUGUUUCAUCUCGGCUCAACUUUUACAACCUAUAGCUAUUAUUUUACAAAAUUUGAGCAAAUCAAAAAAAAAAAAAAAAACAAACA